GUACAGGGGUUAGUCAUGGCAGGCGACAUCUUCAUGCUGAUGAGAGGCCUGGCUAAGCUGAGCAAGGCAGUCGUAGAAACCCAAGCAGGACAGCUUCGGCAAGUUUUCCUUGGUGGUGAUGCAGCUGCAAUUGCAAGGACGUUUCAGGCCACUGCUGAAGAGCAGUUUAGUGCUGCCAUGGGGAAAAUGCAGGAGCUGGGAAAAAAGCAGGAGAACUUAACCGAUAUCAGUGAGGAUUUUGCGAGGGACUAUGCUUUCUCAGGAUCAGAAUCGUCAUCGAGUUCUGCGCAGGACUUGUCAUCAUCUUCUGGCCAGCCCAAUGAAUGCAGUGGGGCAGAGGGCCCAACGCAUGCCUAUGCCACAAAUGGACCUUUUAGAAACGUUAGUGAUACUGGAGACUCAAGCCCAGGACAGAAUCCCUUUUCUGCCAAAGUAAAUGCGAAGCUAUUUGGAGGAUUUAGGGACCCUGGAAAUCCUUUUGCUGCUGCCUCUGGGCAGAACAGAGCUUUUCACCAAGACCAUUCCUCUGUAAGUGGACUAACAGCUGAAGAUAUUGAGAAAGCCAGGCAGGCUAAAAGUAAUCCAGGACAUAAGCCUCACAAGCAGAUGCUCAGUGAACGGGCCCGAGAGCGGAAGGUGCCGGUCACGCGGAUUGGGAGACUUGCCAACUUUGGAGGAUUAGCUGUUGGUCUUGGCAUUGGAGCACUGGCAGAAGUUGCAAAGAAGAGCCUCAGAUCUGAAGAUCGCAAUGGAAAGAAAGCCGUUAUGGAUUCCAGCCCGUUCCUGUCCGAGGCCAAUGCAGAAAGAAUUGUGAGGACUCUGUGCAAGGUUCGAGGAGCUGCACUGAAGCUAGGACAGAUGUUGAGCAUUCAGGACGAUGCCUUCAUCAAUCCUCACCUGCAGAGGAUUUUUGAGCGUGUACGUCAGAGUGCAGACUUCAUGCCGAUAAAGCAAAUGAUGAAAACGCUGAACAGUGACCUUGGUCCCAACUGGAGGGAUAAGCUGGAGUUUUUUGAAGAACGCCCCUUUGCUGCUGCUUCCAUUGGCCAGGUUCACCUGGCUCGCUUGAAGAAUGGCAAAGAAGUUGCCAUGAAGAUCCAGUAUCCUGGGGUGGCCCAAAGCAUCUAUAGUGAUGUUAACAACCUGAUGACUGUCCUGAGCAUGAGCAACAUUCUUCCUGAUGGUCUCUUCCCCGAGCAUUUGAUUGAAGUACUGAGCAGGGAACUGGCCCUGGAGUGUGAUUACAAAAGAGAAGCUGCGUGUGCAAAGAGAUUCAGGGAGCUGCUGAAGGAUCACCCACUGUUUUAUGUGCCUGCUGUGGUGGAUGAGCUGUGCAGCCAGCAUGUCUUGACCACGGAGCUUGUGUCUGGAUUCCCUCUUGAUCAAGCAGAAGAACUAAGCCAAGAGAUCCGGAAUGAGAUCUGCUCCAACAUCCUGGUUCUGUGCCUGCGGGAGCUGUUUGAGUUCAGGUAUAUGCAGACUGACCCAAACUGGUCUAACUUCUUCUAUGACCCGGAGCUGCACAAGGUGGCCCUGCUGGACUUCGGAGCAACUCGAGGCUUUGACGAGAAGUUCACCGACCUCUACAUCGAGAUAAUCAAGGCGGCUGCAGACUUGGACAGAGAGAGAGUUUUGAGGAAGUCGAUAGAGAUGAAAUUCCUUACUGGCUAUGAAGUCAAGGAAAUGGAAGAUGCCCACUUAAAUGCUAUCCUUAUCCUGGGAGAGGCUUUUGCAGCUGAGGAACCAUUUGAUUUCGGCAGUCAGAGUACCACGGAAAAGAUCCAUACCUUAAUUCCAGUCAUGCUGAAGCAUCGGCUUAUCCCUCCGCCCGAGGAGACCUACUCUCUCCACCGGAAGAUGGGGGGCUCCUUCCUCAUCUGUGCCAAACUAAAGGCUAAAAUCUCCUGCAAACAUAUGUUCCAGGAAGCAUAUAGCAAGUACUGGAGUACUAGGGGCAAAAAGCCAGAAGAUUAGCAAGGUGGAACUAGGCCCAGUCAUAUGUUCUUGCAAAGAGUAUUGUAGUCUUCAGUAUGCCAUGUUCCUAGACCCUAAUUUUUUUCAAGAUGCAGCAGCCUUUUUCCUGGAAGCUAAAUGCUCGUUUCACAAGGACACACUUGUUUUUCACGUGUUGUCUGUCCUACACUGCAGUUAAAGUACUAAAUAGUCCAUGGCUUACCGGGGAUUGUCCUCCUGAGGUGGUGGAACUAGGCUACCUUGUGCUUCUGUACCAUUUCAGGGCACUGACCAGCUCUCUCAUACAUUUUUUAAUACUGAUGGUGGCUGCAUAUUGAGUGGGAUUUUUAUAAAGAGUAGGGGGAGGGAGAGCCAAAGCAGAACUUGUUUGUAUUGAAACCUGUUUGUAAUUCUUAGAAAAUCAUGUUUUGUUUUUGUUUUGUUUUGUUUUUAAAGAUAACCCCUUCCUCCACUGCUUUUUUCCGGAUAAGGUGGAAUUCAAGUGGUUUUCAUACUGUGAAUUAUAGGAUAAAAUACGGUGACCUACAAUAGACCCCUAUUUUUGUAAGCUGAGUGGUGGCAGUCAAGAACCCUCCUGGAUUUUACUGAUGGUGACAUAGCCUACAGUAUGCGUGUAUAUAGGAUGACAUUUUAUGCCUUCUGCCUCUGACUCUUUGGCUUGCAAGCUAAGCAUAGGAAGCACAGGUUUUAAAAAAUCUGAAAAGUGGUACCAAAAUGUAUUUUUGUUAAAAAUGCAUGGAGAGCCGCUGCCCAGAAAACAAGCCAGAGAUCGCAGUAACUCUGAGAGUUGGGUAUACAAAACAUAGAGCUGUAGGUGAGCACGGCUAGUGUGAGUCUUCACUGUCUGCCAAGUACCAGCUCCCCUGAUGGCGAGUUAGCUUAUCUAAGGCAUGGACACUUGGCUUGUUGGAGUCCUAGCAAAGGAGCUGUGACUUUACCUUCCGGUGUCCUGUAAUAGUGUUUGAGGGAAGGUGGCAAAAGGCUCUACAGGAUUCUCUUACCCUCUUACAGGCAUUUGAAGCUUUUGCCAAAUGUGUAAUCCUUGUUUAUAAUCCAGUGCACUAUUCUGAACUAUUGGAGUCGAGCUGGCAAACUUGCUUCAUGAGGGUUUUGUACAAUUCCUGUAUCUGUGUGACCGACCCAUUUGCAAUAAAAAGAGUGCUUGUGCA